CCUCUUACUGAGCACAAAAUAAAACACACAAGUCAGCUAGCCCACAGCCAGAGAAUACCGGUUUGCUAAUGUAAACACAGUAUUUGGAACAGGGGUUUGUCAGGUCAUCAAAACAGGCGCAUACAGGCAACUUUUCGAGAAUGCAGGUGCAGAGAAUCGUCUUAAACUCACGACCAGGUAAAAACGGGGCGCCAGUUCCUGACAAUUUCCGUCUGGAGGAGACGACUUUAGCACCUGACCUGAAGGAUGGGGAGGUCCUUGUUCGGACGCUUUACCUUUCAGUCGACCCUUACAUGCGAUGCAGAAUGAACGAAGACACUGGUGCUGAUUACCUGACUCCAUGGAAGCUGUCUGAGUGUGUGGACGGUGGAGGUGUUGGCAUAGUUGAGUCCAGCCGCUGCAGCACUUGUGCUGUGGGAGAUGUGGUCACUUCAUUCAACUGGCCAUGGCAGACCAGUGCUGUCCUGAAAGGAAGUGGCUUACAGAAGGUUGAUCCACAGUUGGUUGAUGGGCACUUGUCCUAUGUUUUGGGUGCAGUUGGCAUAACAGGCCUCACUGCACUGCUGGGUGUAAGGGAGAAGGGUCAUGUGACCAAAGGGGCCAAUCAGACCAUGGUGGUGACUGGUGCAGCUGGGGCCUGUGGCUCCAUAGCUGGACAGAUUGGCAGACUGGACGGCUGUGUGAGGGUUGUUGGGGUCUGUGGAUCUGAUGAGAAAUGCAGAGCUUUAGUGGAAGAUCUGGGCUUCUCUGCUGCCAUCAACUAUCGCCAAGAGGACGUAGCGACAAAGCUCAGGGAGUGCUGCCCAGAUGGGGUAGAUGUUUACUUUGACAAUGUGGGAGGUGCCAUCAGUGAUACUGUAAUAGCACAGAUGAACAAUGGCGGCCAUGUGAUCUUGUGUGGGCAGAUCUCUCAGUACAACAAGGAUGUGCCGUAUCCUCCACCUUUAACUCAGGAAACACAGGAAGCCCUGCAAAGAAAGAGCAUCACCCGAGAGCGGUUUAUGGUGCUUAAUUACAUGAGCAAAGCAGACGCUGCCCUCUUUGAGCUCAGUCAGUAUGUUAAAUCAGGCCAAAUCAAGGUGCUGGAAACUGUGGUGAAUGGCAUCGAAAAUAUGGGAGAUGCAUUUUGCUCUAUGAUGAAAGGGGGAAACAUUGGCAAGCAAAUUAUAAAGAUAUCAGAGUGAAGAAAAUCACUGUAGUUUCCUGUAACUGCUGUCACCAGACACCUGGGGAAAUUAACCCACUGUUGCCUUUUUAUCACUGCCAUUAACACUAACUUCAUGAACUCUCUAGGAAGAUAUUGCAUUGAGCUGCUGAUGCCACUUGAUUAAAAUUAUAAACCACAAAUGAAAAAUUAAACAACGUUCUCUUUAACUGUGUUCUUGAGAAAAAUAAAAUGAAUGUAAAAAGAACCAUUCGCGUUCGCUCCUGCUGUAAAAUGAUGUAACAAUGACCUGAAGACAAACACAAAGUAUAUGAUUUACUGUAAUGAACAUU